UAAAUAAAUUUAAAAAAAAAAGAGAAAAGCGGCAAUGUAUUUAUUUUCAAAGUUUUUUUGCCAUUUUUGUACUAAAAAUCUAAUUGAAGUGGAUAAUGUUUGUUUUAUCAGAAAUGAAAGAUGUAAUUCGAGUUACACCUGAACAUUUUCAUCAAAGUUUAACAGAAUCUAUCACUACCUUGCUAAACAGGAAACUUGCUAAUAAGGUAGUGCUCAAUGUUGGCCUAUGUAUAGCGUUAUUUGAUAUAACAUGCGUUGGACAUUCAUAUAUAUUUCCUGGUGAUGGUUCGUCCCACACUGAAGUUAAGUUCAGAUACAUAGUAUUUAGGCCUCUAGUUGAAGAAAUUCUGAUAGGAAAAAUUAGAAGUUGCAGUAGAGAAGGAGUACACGUUACAAUGGGAUUUUUUGAUGAUAUUCUAAUACCUGUGAAUGCACUGCAACAUCCAUCCAGAUUCGACGAGACAGACCAAGCGUGGGUAUGGGAGUAUCCAAAAGAAGACGGAGAAAAGCAUGAUUUGUUCAUGGACUCAGGUGAAUCCAUAAGGUUUAGAGUGACAAGUGAGGCAUUUGAAGAAAGUUUACCCAGCGGCCCUCCCGGCACUGAGUGUCCAGUACAGACAGUGGCUCCAUACAGGCUUGUAGGAGGAAUCAAUGAACCAGGCCUCGGCUUGUUGACGUGGUGGGAGACACCGGAGCAAGAUGAUGAUGGUGAUGAAAAUGAGGAACAGGAGAAUGAUGAAUAAAUAUUUUAUAC